ACUUCACUAGUAAAUUCGAAUCGAGUCAGUCCAGUUCAGUUCUUCUCUCUCUUCCAAAUCCUUCAAGGUCGUGAUUCAAGUCAUCCAUGGCCGAUCACCACCAUCACCACCACCACAAUCACCGCCCCAAUCGUAUCUCAGUUCCUCCACGCGCCGCCUCUACCGCCGCCGUGACGACGACUCCAUCAACUGCAAGAUCAUAUCCCCAAUUCUCUUACCCUGCAUCAACUCCAACCCCAACUCCUUCAAAACAUCGUCUCUCUUCUCUUUCCUUUUCCUCCGUCAAUAGAUCAUCAUCGACAAGAAGAACAACAUCCUUCUCUUUCCUUUUCCUCCUCCUAUUCUCCCUCCGUUCCCUCUAUUCUCUCCUUCCUUUCCUCCAAUCUUCUCCUUCUUCUUUCUCAAUCUUCCCUUUCUCCUUCCUUGUUUCUCUCCUAUCUUUCCUCUUAACUCUAAUCUUCUCUUUUUUCAUCCCAUCAUCAUCUUCCAAGGAUCAUCAUUUCUUACAAAAACAAUCUUCAAUCAAUCAAUCUCAAUGGAAACUUCUCAUUUCCAAAUCCAUCCUGCUCGCUAUCGUUUUUCUCCUCAGAUUCCAAGCUCUUAGGUAUUGCGGCACGGCCGCCAUGAUUCUCGCGGAGUUAUCUGGAAAUGCUGCCGCUCGCUUCAUGGCCCAGAGCAGGAAACAGAGCCGAGAUCAAAUUAGAUCGUUAAAGGUUGGUGGGUUUUUCGCUCUCUUUAUUGGGUUAUCUAUGCUUUCAAUUAGUUGGGAUCGAAUCGAAUGCUUCCCAUUUUCGUAUGUCAAUAUCAACAAGAUUGGAUUCUCGCUGAUUCCCAAUAACAACUGUUUGAGAUUUUGGGCAAUGCUACUCCCAUUCCUAUCUGGAUUCUUAGGCUGCUAUGAAAGUAUUUCAAUUAAUUGGACUAGGGAAUUGGGAAUGAAACGGGUUCGGCUAAUCACUCUAUGUCUGACUACAGUUUUGCUUUUCAUUCCUGCUGUUAUAAGUAUGUUUGUAUUUGAAGCAGAUGGAGAGAGUAUUUCCAUUAGAAACCUCGGUUGGCCUUUAGCUAAUACUGUAAUUUUUGGUGUGUUAUUGAGUGAGAGUUGCAAUGAAGAGAAGUUGACAUCUUCAAAGGGUUUCUUCCAUAGAGAGUUUCUAAUUACUUUUCUAUGCACUCUUCUACUUGAGCUCUUCUACUUCCCUGAACUCUCACUUUUUGGAUUAUUAAUCUCCGGGUUCCUCCUCUGGAACGCAGUUCGUCAACUAGAUUCUGUUUAUCGUGUUGAAUUGGGUUUCGAGAACACUGAAUCAUUUCACUCUUCCAUUAUGAAACCAAUCCGUCACAUAUUGAGCGAGAGAAAAUCGCGAAAGAUUGCUCUUUUCCUACUCAUCAAUACAGCAUACAUGGUUGUAGAAUUUGUAGCUGGAUUCAUGAGCAAUAGCCUAGGUUUGAUAACAGAUGCUUGUCAUAUGCUUUUUGAUUGUUUAGCUCUCGCGAUCGGUUUGUAUGCUUCUUAUAUCUCCCGAUUGCCAGCCAACAGUCAGUUCAACUUCGGUCGUGGCAGAUUCGAGGUUUUGUCUGGUUAUACGAAUGCUGUUUUCUUAGUACUUGUUGGAGCUCUCAUUGUGUUGGAAUCAAUUGAGAGGAUUCUUGACCCUCAAGAAAUCUCGACUAAUAGUUUGUUGACCGUUUCUAUUGGUGGCCUUCUUGUUAAUAUUAUUGGUUUGAUCUUCUUUCACGAAGAACAUCAUCAUGCCCAUGGUGGCGUCGGUUCCUGCUCCCAUUCUCAUUCUGAACAAACACACCUCGAUUCCAAUCAUCACAAUCACAAUGAAAAAGACAAUCACCAGCAUCAGCCACAUGAUCACGACCAUCAUCAUGACGAUCACCAUCAUCAUCCGCAAGAUCACGACCAUCAUCAUGACGAUAACAAUCAUCAACAUGAUCACCAUCACCAUCAUGACGAUCACAAGCAUGAUCACAAGCAUGAUCACGACCAUCAUCAUGAUCAUGACCAUCAUCAUGAUUGUGGAAAACAUAAAGUGGUUGAAGAAAAAAAACCGAAAAGGAGGAAGAACGAGCAUAAGCACAUUGACCACAACAUGGAAGGUAUAUUCUUGCACGUUUUAGCAGAUACAAUGGGAAGUGUGGGCGUGGUAAUCUCGACACUCUUGAUAAAGUACAAAGGAUGGAUGGUGGCAGACCCUGCCUGUUCAAUUUUCAUAUCGGUGCUGAUUAUAUCUUCUGUGAUUCCACUAUUAAGAAACUCAGCUGAAAUUCUGCUUCAAAGAGUGCCUAGAGGACAAGAGCAGGAUUUGGAAGAUGCUGUAAAUGAGGUUAUGAAGAUAAAAGGCGGUAUAUGCAGCGUUAAAAAGCUUCAUGUAUGGAGUUUUACUAAUACAGACAUUGUUACCACCCUUCAACUGUCUGUUAACGGGGAUGUGGACAAGGCUGAUGUAAAGGCGGAAGUUUUGGAUGUAUUAGGUCAGGCCGGGUUGAAGGAUGUAACAUUGCAGUUGGAAUGUGCUCGAUAGAUUUCGGAUUUUUUUUUCCUUUCUUUUUCAGUUAUUGAGAUGAGUAUUGGUUGAAUAGGAGAUGAGGAUGCUACUACACCUGUAAACAUGUGGUUGAUGACUUGUUUCUUAAGGAUGAAGUAGACAUAUGAGUGUUAUAGAAAGUAUCAUUUAAUGGAAUUUAGCUUAUUUAUUAUGGUUAUGGUUA